GCGCGUAACGCGUAACUCUGUCGCGGCAGUUUGUGAACAAUGCUUUAACUACACUCAGUACAACCAGUACUCAUUUCUCAUCAUGAGUCAAGCCAGUGAAAAGAAGCGACGCAAGUUGUACUUGAGUCCAGGUCAGCCGUUUGUUCUUCCCCGCUCGACCGCAUGGUUCAAGAAACGUUCGGAAUCCGACAGCGCCGCUGGAACUUCUCUCUCUUAUGCUAGUGCCAGUCCCGGAGGAAGCAACAGUAACAGAUCCAGCAAUGAAGAUGAGGACGACGAUCACACUACGCGACCCAUUGGAACCGACUCUGAACCAGGGAGCGAGCCUGAUGAAUCUCUCAGCGAGGAUGGCAGUUUAGACGAAGGUGAUGAUGAACAUAGCGGAAGCGGUGAAACACCUCAUGAUGAUCCACAGGAUGACAACAGUGGUGUGCCAGAAUUUGACGAGACAGACUUAUUUGCGAGGUGUACCGCCGAAUUUGGCACGAGAACUUUACCUGGGUCAAAUACAACAGUCGCAGUAGGCAUCGUACUGAUAAUGUCGUUCAUCGUGGCCCAGGGGCUACCUUGGACAGCAGUGGACGACCUUCUGAACCUGGUGGAUGCAUUGUUCGGCUUUAAGAACAGCGGGUUGCCACGCACAAAAUACCUGCUACGAAAGCUAUGGGCACCGAAGUAUGCCUCCGUGGUGAAUUAUCACUACUACUGCAACGUGUGCGCUUCGCUGUUAAAGGUGACUGCGGACAAAUUACAUUUGUGUUGUGAUGCGUGCCAGACAACCUUAAGCAUUUCAAAGGACGGCGAGUGUACCUGGAAACCGAGCCUAAUGUUGAAAGAACUGCAGCAGGUGUUCUAAGAGAUAUGAGGCUGGCUUUGGAGCUCGAGACAUCUGUGAAUGGACUUAAAGGACCAUCACCGCUAGUCAACCUACCACAUUUUGACCUCGUAUGGUCAUACUCUGUAGAGUAUAUGCACUGCGUACUCCUUGGUGUGACGAGACAGUUCACUGAAUAUUGGUUGGACUCUUCAAACA